AUGUCUUUGACAGACACUUCCGACCCAUCAAACAUGUCGUCAACCGCGAGCGUCACCUCUCCCUCCGCCGCCUCCAUGUCGACUCCGUCGCCCUCCAUCUCCAAUGCCCCGGCUGCGAUGUCGACGAUGACUGCUGCUGCUCCGCGACGCCCGUCGCGCAAGAGCACGCUCACCCAACAGCAGAAAAACAACAAGCGCCAGCGUGCCACGCAGGACCAGCUUGUCACCCUCGAACACGAAUUCCACAAGAACCCGACCCCGACCGCCGCCACGCGCGAGCGCAUCGCCCAGGAGAUCAACAUGACGGAACGCUCCGUCCAGAUCUGGUUUCAAAACAAGCGCGCGAAGAUCAAAAUGCUUGCCAAGAAGAGCAUCGAGACCGGCGAGGGCUGCGAUUCCAUUCCAGAGUCCAUGCGCCAGUACCUAGCCAUGCAGUUCGAUCCCACCAAGCCCGGCACCCGUGAUCUUUUCGGUCGCACUGCCGGCUUUGGUGCCACCGGUGUUUAUCCGGGGGAGUCGGGGUCAGGCAAAGUUGGUGGGUAUUCACUGUUUAGUUUUUUUUAUGCAUUGUCUCACUGGUUAAUACUUCUCUCUCUCUCUCUAGUCAUUCAUCACUUCACCUGUCGUUCGUUAAGUAUCGGAAACUGGCGCCGCAUCGGUCAGAAUGCCAUGGAUUUGGUCGUCUUUUAUUCCCCGGAGAAAGCGUCAAUGACCUACUACAUCAAUAAUGACUCGGCCGGCUACAAGAUCGAAUAUCCCUUUUCCUACAUCAAGAACAUCACGCUCGAGUCCGGCGACCACCAGAGUUCCAGCCCCGUCGGCGCGGCACCCCGCCCCGCCGGCCUGAUCGUCGAGCUCAACCGCCCGCCGCUCUUCUACAUGGACUCGUCCAACUCUGGUGGCUUCUACCAGUGCGGCGACUUCACCGAAGACCAGCAGGCUAGCCAGAUCAUGGUCCACCACCUGGGCGGUCACCCAAAAGUCCUCAGCGUCCAACUCGCCAAGCUCGUCUCCCUCGAGUCCUUCCAGAACCGCAUGGCCUAUAGUAAUAACAGCAAUAACAACAACAACAACAACAACAACAACGGCGGCUUCGCCGUCCCUGCCCCGGCCGUCUCCCCCUUGGUCAUCCCUCGCCCAGCCUCUCAACCCAACCACUUUGCCCCUGCCUUCCUGGGCAUGUACCAGGACCCCAACAGCUUGGGUUUUAACCCUGUCGCCGUCUCUACCGCUUCCGCUUCCGCUGCUGCCGCUGCAGCUGCAGUUUCUCGCGGCCACAGACGCCAACGGAGCCGGUCGGUGCCGGUGGCGGUCGAUUUUGCUUCCAUGCAGCAUCACCAGCCCUUCCUCUCCCUGAACCAGCCGCCCGAUCACGGUCUCUUCGCCCCCAUCCCUCAGUCGACGCAUCCGUUAGCCAUGAAUCUGCGCAUCGACACCUCGACGGCGUACGGCAUCGACCCCCUUCGGACGUCAACGCAUCCCAUGUCUGCCACGACGACAGCCUCGCCGUCCGACUUUGCCAGCCCCUCGUUAUUCGUUCCCGGGGACACCACCCCGGUGGCCAACCUCUCCCAUCAGUUCAGCAUGCCCUUCCUCUCGUCCACCACCAUGGAGGCCGGCAGCACACCCACGGCCCCGACGGCUACCAUCUCGUCGCCGUUCUCCGUCAUGAGUCCCGCGGACCCCAUGAUUGCCGAUCAGUCGCCGCCGCUCGCCAACAUGCCACAUGCUUCACCGGAUCUGUUCCGCUUCAGCGCCGACCAGUCGCAGCCUUUUCCCGAGGACAAUACGCUGCUCAACGACAUGUUCUCCAAGCACAACAUCACCUUCGUUGUCCCGCCGAGCAUGACGCUUGAGGGUACCAGCCCGUUCGAUCUGUCGAUGCACACCGCCGGUCUGACCUCUCAGUCGUCGGCUUCGUCACCAGGCCUUCAGGGGGACUUUCAAGGCUUGGGGGCCUUGAGCAAUGUUGACCCUCAUCUGGCUCCUGGAUCAUGA